UGAAAUAACAUAUCGCUGGGCUACAUUUAAUGGAGGUGAAUACCCAUCUGCAUAAUUGGGAUCUUCGAACAGAACUUCGUACUCUUCUGUUGCUGUAGAUGUCGUACCACAGGCACCAUAGCACAGGUCAUUAAAGAAGAAGAAGAAGAAGAGGAAGAAGUCUCUCAAAUGUCAUCGACUAAAGACGCUCCGGAAAACGACAACGAUGACUUAAGCAAAAGUCCUAAUUGUAGGAAAAGGAAACAUUCAGAGGACUCGGAAGGGAGUAAAGUUGUAAAAUUGAAUGAAGGACAAACUGCCCAUAACGUCAAUGUUCCGUCAGAUUUAUCGAUAGGAAGUUCUAGAGAGGAAAAAGAUGUAGCCGAAAGCGAAAAAUCCUCGGAGCAUUCAAAUGUCGUUGCAGAGCAUUACAAUUCCCUUGAGGAAAAAGGUUUAUCACAAAGAAAUCAAAGUCGAAUCGUUUAUAUGCGAAAUUUUAAUAAUUGGAUAAAAAGUAUGAUAAUAAAUGAAUUCAUGCAAAAAAUAAUACAAGAAAAACGUGUUGGCGAUCCUAUAAAAGUAUUAGACAUGUGCUGCGGGAAAGGGGGAGAUCUUCUAAAAUGGAAAAAGGCGAACAUAACACAUCUGAUAGCCGCUGACAUAGCCUCUGUUUCCGUAGAACAAUGUCAAAGUCGUUACAACGAUUUAACAUCCAACAGAUCUAGGGACUCUGGUUUCGCGCCUGUUUUUAGAGCCGAAUUUAUCACUGCCGACUGUACAAAGGUUCGUUUAAGAGAGAAAUACAAGGACCCGAGUAUGGAGUUGGACUUGACAAGUGUUCAAUUUGCACUGCACUAUAGUUUUGAAUCUCUACCGCAGGCAGAGUGUAUGAUCAAAAAUGCCAGCGAGAGUCUGCGACCAGGCGGUUUUUUCAUUGGAACAAUACCCGAUGCUUAUGAAUUAGUGUCCCGAUGGCAAAAGAGUGAGGGAAAUAAAUUUGGAAAUGAAGUCUUUAGCGUUGAAUUUCAAUCAGAGGAGAAAGAGAAACCGCCACUAUUUGGCGCCAGAUACAAUUUUCACUUGGAGGGUGUAGUAAAUUGUCCUGAAUUUCUUGUACAUUUACCGACCCUCAUUAAAUUAGGAGAAAAAUUUGGCUUGGAACUUGUACUUUAUGAAAGAUUCGAAGAGUUCUUCGAGAGAAUGAAAAACGAGGGUAAAUCGUUACUAGGAAAGAUGCAGGCUUUAGAAACUUAUCCACCAUAUCAUGAAGCGCCGCUUCUUGGUCAGCAGGCUGAUGAUUAUCAGCACGCUAAUAAUUACAUGCAAGAUUCCGUGGGUCAUCGAAAAAUUGGAACUCUCUCGCAGUCAGAGUGGGAUGCGAUAUCAUUAUACGCAGUGUUCGCGUUUAAGAAGAAAAAAACAACAUGGACUGCUGAUGCAAAACCGGAAUAUACGUAAAUUGAAUUUUUUUUUUAAUUCAUCGUAUUACGAAAAAAUUGUAUAAAAAAAAUUAAGUAAUUCAAUCAAUUUCGUUUACAAAAGUUAAUUGUGCAUUGAUAAAAUUAAUAUGAAUUGUGUGAUGUUAAUCUGCCUAUUGUUUUUUUAACUAUUCUGUUAAUGUAGAUGAACAUGUCAAUUAAUUGUAGAAUAAUUUGUUCUUUUGAUAGCGAUUUUUUUUCCUUGGUGAAUUGUAUACAAAUUUUUAAAAAAGAAUUUUUAAUUUA